AUGCGAAAUCCGCAGACCCUGAAGGCCUCCAAGGCCCUCCUGGCUCACAUCAAGAAGGCCGCCAAGGAAAAGUCCGAAGAAUCCGGCAAGAAGAACCUGCUCGCCGACCCCGACGAUGAGGAGGGCAACGUCGCCCAGCAGCCCAUCUGGCUGACCCUCACGACGAAGCGCCACAUCGCCGACAGCGCCCGCCUCAAGCCCGGCAAGAUCACCCUUCCUCACCCGCUCAACACGGACGAGGAGUCGACGAUAUGCCUCAUCACCGCCGACCCCCAGCGCGCCUACAAGAACAUUGUCGCCUCGGACGAGUUCCCCGAGGCCCUGCGCAAGCGCAUCACCCGCGUCGUCGACCUCGGCAAGCUCAAGUCCAAGUUCAAGCAGUACGAGGCCCAGCGCAAGCUCUUCGCCGAGCACGACAUCUUCCUCGCCGACGACCGCAUCGUCAGCCGCCUGCCCAAGGCCCUCGGCAAGACCUUUUACAAGACCACCGCCAAGAGGCCCAUCCCCGUCAUCCUCUCCGCCAAGGCCCCCCGCGGAGAAGACCCCGGCACCGUUAACGCCGGCACGCCGCAGGAGAUCGCCGCCGAGAUCGAGAAGGCCAUCGGCGCCGCCCUCGUCAGCCUGACGCCCUCCACCAACACCGCCAUCCGGAUAGGCUACGCCGGCUUCUCGGCCGACCAAAUCGCCGACAACGUCACGGCCGUCGUCAAGACGCUCAUUGAGAAGUGGGUGCCGCAGAAGUGGCAGAACGUCAAGAGCAUCUACAUCAAGGGCCAGGAGACGGCCGCCCUGCCCGUGUGGCUGACGGACGAGCUCUGGCUGGAGCAGAAGGACAUUGUCGCCGACGACAGCGAGCAGGCCAAGGCCAUCAAGGAGAAGGCCAACGUCGGCAAGAAGCGCAAGUCGAUCGGCGCCGCCGAGGGAGACGAGGAGGAGACCAGCAAGCCCACGCCCAAGAAGGCCAAGAAGGCCGCCAAGGAGGCGCAGAAGGCGCUGCCCGAGAGCAACGACGACGCUCUCAACAAGCAGAUUGCCGAGCGCAAGGACAAGCUGAAGAAGCAGAAGGCCAAGGCCAAGGCUGCUCUGGACAACUAG